AUGACGGGAGGCCAACCCCAGACGUGGUUCUUCCUGGCGGGAAGCGAUAUCCGCAAAAUGCAUGAGUUCGGUCGUCAUUGGCUCCAAAACUCUUCCAAAGCUGAGGUGAGCACUACGAACGCCAUUGAUGUCGCCUGGACUGACGACGCUGCAGACUCUGAGGCCGAAACUAGUUCAUCGGCUGAGUUAACUGUCCAGACCUUUAUGACCUUGAUGUACCGCGAGUUCUGGACCUACCUUGCAGAUUUCAGGUCGGAAUACCAGGAAAAAUUCAAGGCGGAUCCUUACGUGUGCAAAGUCAUACAGUACCUAUGGGAUAAAGGCAAGUUGAUAAGCCAAGAUCGUUGGCAGGAGGCUGUGGAUGAAGUAUUGCUCCACAACACUUGGUUUCUUGAACAUUUGCUCAACGACGAGAAGACCAUUAUGAUUGUCCCUCGAUACAAAUUGGACUACCGGGAUGAAUACUUGUCCGUGCCCGAGAAUCGAGGCUUUGAGGGCUUCGACUCCAAUCUUCACACUUCGUUAACAGGUGUGACAAACCUGAUUGUGCCCGUCAGUCAAUAUGAAUCUCAGUCUCAAGUUUCCGGGCGAAAAGAAUACCUUCCCGUUUCUCUCUCCGUCAUGGGACUCAAAGACAUUGAAGGGAUUAAUGUUGAGCUGUUGAGCCUCGUCCAUGACUAUCUAGCCGAGACCGGACUCCCCAGUUCUGUAAUGACCGGCAGGACCGCGUUUUAA